AUGGCGGCAGGAACGAGCAAUUACUGGGAAGAUCUCAGGAAGCAGGCACGACAGCUGGAAAAUGAACUUGACCUGAAACUAGUUUCCUUCAGUAAACUAUGUACAGGUUACAGCCACAGCAGUGCCCGAGAUGGAAGACGCGACAGGCAUAGCUCUGACACAACACCCCUUUUAAAUGGAUCAAGCCAAGACAGAAUGUUUGAAACUAUGGCGAUUGAGAUUGAACAGCUUUUGGCAAGACUUACAGGAGUAAAUGAUAAAAUGGCAGAAUAUACCAGCAGCGCAGGUGUCCCCUCCUUGAAUGCAGCACUGAUGCAUACAUUACAGCGACAUAGAGACAUACUGCAGGAUUAUACACAUGAAUUCCAUAAAACCAAAGCAAACUUUGUGGCAAUACGGGAAAGGGAGAAUCUCAUGGGAUCAGUACGAAAGGAUAUUGAGUCGUAUAAAAGUGGGUCUGGAGUAAACAACAGAAGAACCGAACUGUUUUUGAAAGAACAUGACCACCUUCGAAACUCAGACCGUCUAAUAGAAGAGACAAUAAGCAUUGCUAUGGCAACAAAAGAAAAUAUGACUUCACAGAGAGGAAUGUUGAAAUCAAUUCAGAGUAAAAUGAACACUUUGGCUAAUCGUUUUCCUGCUGUGAAUAGCCUCAUCCAGCGAAUCAACCUUAGGAAGCGGCGUGACUCCCUCAUCCUGGGUGGUGUUAUUGGCGUCUGUACCAUCCUGUUGCUGCUGUAUGCAUUCCAUUGAUGGGACAUCUCCAGGGACUCUUGACAGCCACCACUUUCACACCCUGAUCCAGAAGAAGAAAAAUAGGAAGGAGAAGUUGACUGAUCUGCUAAUUAGCCUGACCAGCAGGAUUCAUUCAAGACUGAAAGUGAUGGACUCUGAUGUGGUCAGGUUGAGUGGAAGUCACAGGUUUUCUGUGCUAUCUUUUCUAACACACAUUUCCCUCUGUUUUCAGUUUCUAAAAAAAAAAAAAAGAUGUUUUGUCUCCCCAAGAGGUAAGUAAACCCAUCAGAAACAGAAUUUCCAUGCUUCAAUGAUAGUGUUGAAGGCUGAUGACAAGCCAGGUCAUGAGGCUGGACUCUUCAAAAAACCAGGCUUCUGUAUAUCCAAAGACUGCUU